CUUCGCGUCUGUGCCCGGAGCCUCAGCAGAGCGCGCGUCAUGACGCCCACCCUGGAAGAGCUGCAGCCCCCGGGAAAAAAAAUCCCAAAGAAUGAUAUUGAAGCCAUUUUGCAGGAGAAGAUCAUGGUAUUGGAUGGCGGUAUGGGGACCAUGAUCCAACGGUAUACUCUGAGUGAAGAGGACUUCAAAGGACAAGACCUGAAAAACCAUGCCAAGCCUUUGAAAGGCAACAACGACCUCUUAAGUAUAACUCGACCUGAUAUCAUUUGCAAGAUCCAUAAGGAGUACUUGAUGGCUGGAGCAGAUAUUAUCGAAACGAAUACUUUUAGCAGCACCAGAAUUGCCCAGGCUGACUAUGGCCUUGAACACUUGGCUUAUCGACUGAACAAAUGUUCUGCAGAAGUGGCUAGAAAGGCAGCAGAUGAUGUGACUUCCCAAACAGGGAUUAAGAGGUUUGUAGCAGGGUCCAUAGGUCCCACCAAUAAGACCCUCUCUGUGUCCCCCUCUGUGGAAAGACCGGAUUACAGAAACGUUACCUUUGAUGAACUAGUUGAAGCUUACCACGAACAAGCCAGAGGACUUCUAGAUGGUGGAGUUGACAUCUUAUUGGUAGAAACUAUUUUUGAUACUGCCAAUGCUAAGGCAGCCUUGUUUGCACUCCAGAAACUCUUUGAAGAGGGUUAUGAUCGCCGGCCUAUCUUUGUUUCAGGGACUAUUGUGGAUAAGAGUGGGCGAACUCUUUCUGGACAGACGGGAGAGGCAUUUGUCAUCAGCGUGACCCAUGCAGAACCACUAUGCAUUGGAUUAAACUGUGCUUUAGGUGCCGAGGAAAUGAGACCUUUCAUUGAAACCAUUGGCAAGUGUACGACAGCAUAUGUCCUCUGUUAUCCCAAUGCAGGUCUUCCCAAUACCUUUGGCGAGUAUGAUGAAACACCUGAAAUGACUGCCAUGCAUAUGAAGAACUUUGCAUUGGAUGGUUUGGUCAAUGUUGUAGGUGGUUGUUGUGGUACCACGCCGGCUCAUAUCAGGGAAAUUGCAGAAGCUGUGAAAAAUUGUAAACCUAGAGUUCCCCCUGCAGCUGUUUUUGAAGGGUAUAUGUUGCUGUCAGGACUAGAGCCCUUCAGGAUUGGACCAUACACCAACUUCGUUAAUAUUGGUGAACGCUGUAAUGUUGCAGGGUCAAAGAAGUUUGCUAAACUCGUCAUGGCAGGAAACUAUGAAGAAGCUCUGAGUGUGGGUAAAGCCCAAGUGGAGAUGGGAGCUCAGAUUCUGGAUGUUAACAUGGAUGAUGGAAUGUUGGAUGGCCCCAGUGCUAUGACCAAAUUUUGUAACUUCAUUGCUUCUGAACCUGAUAUUGCCAAGGUACCAUUGUGUAUUGACUCUUCCAACUUUGCUGUGAUAGAGGCUGGGUUAAAAUGCUGCCAAGGAAAGUGUGUUGUCAACAGCAUUAGUCUGAAGGAAGGUGAGGAUGACUUCCUGGAGAAGGCUAGAAAGAUCAAGAAGUAUGGAGCUGCUGUGGUGGUCAUGGCAUUUGAUGAAGUGGGUCAAGCUACAGAAACCGACAACAAAAUUGAAAUAUGUACCCGAGCCUACCAUCUUCUUGUUAAAAAAGUGGGAUUUAACCCAAAUGACAUCAUCUUUGACCCCAAUAUCCUCACCAUUGGGACAGGAAUGGAAGAGCACAACCUGUAUGCUGUUAAUUUUAUCAAUGCAACUAAAACCAUCAAGAAAACAUUGCCUGGAGUCAAAAUAAGCGGAGGCCUUUCCAACUUGUCCUUCGCCUUCAGAGGAAUGAACGCCAUCCGAGAAGCCAUGCAUGGCGUAUUUCUUUACCAUGCAAUAAAGUGUGGUAUGGACAUGGGAAUAGUGAAUGCAGGAAACCUUCCAGUGUAUGAUGACAUUCACAAAGAACUCCUACAGCUUUGUGAAGAUCUGAUUUGGAAUAAGGACCCGGAUGCGACAGAAAAGCUGCUACGCUAUGCCCAGAUUUAUGGCAAAGGAGGGAAGAAAGCCAUCCAGACAGAUGAAUGGCGGAAUGACCCCAUCGAGGAAAGACUGGAGUAUGCCCUUGUUAAGGGCAUUGAAAAAUAUAUCGUAGAGGAUACUGAGGAAGCAAGAAUAAACAAGGACAGAUAUCCCCGACCUUUGAACAUAAUUGAAGGGCCGCUGAUGAAUGGCAUGAAAGUAGUUGGUGACCUCUUUGGGGCUGGAAAGAUGUUUCUUCCUCAGGUAAUAAAGUCAGCCCGUGUCAUGAAGAAAGCAGUUGGCUACCUCAUUCCUUUCAUGGAGAAAGAGAGAGAGGAAGACAGAGCUCUUACUGGGAAUGUGGAAGAAGAGGACCCUUACCAAGGCACCAUUGUGUUGGCGACUGUUAAAGGUGAUGUGCACGACAUAGGCAAGAACAUUGUAGGUGUAGUCCUGGGCUGUAAUAAUUUCAGGGUUAUUGAUUUAGGAGUCAUGACUCCCUGCGAUAAGAUAUUGAAAGCUGCUAUCGACAACAAAGCAGAUAUAAUUGGCCUGUCGGGACUCAUCACUCCCUCUUUGGAUGAAAUGAUUUUUGUUGCCAAGGAAAUGGAGAGAUUAGAUAUAAAGAUUCCUUUGUUGAUCGGAGGAGCGACCACUUCCAAAACCCACACAGCAGUUAAAAUAGCACCAAGGUAUAGUGCUCCUGUAAUACAUGUCCUUGAUGCAUCUAAGAGCGUGGUGGUGUGCUCUCAGCUAUUGGAUGAAAACCUGAAGGACGACUUCUUUGAGGAAAUCAUUGAAGAGUAUGAAGACAUCAGACAGGACCAUUAUGAGUCACUCAAGGAAAGAAGAUAUUUAACCUUAGAUCAAGCCAGGAGAAAAGGCUUCCAUAUAGACUGGCUCUCAGAACCACCCCCAGUGAAACCCAAAUUUAUUGGGACUCAAGUUUUUGAAGACUAUGACCUGCAGAGGCUGGUGGACUACAUUGACUGGAAACCUUUCUUCGAUGUCUGGCAACUCAGAGGCAAAUACCCCAAUAGAGGUUUUCCCAAGAUCUUUAAUGACAAGACAGUGGGAGAAGAAGCCAGAAAAGUGUAUGAUGAUGCCCAUAAUAUGUUGAAGGUACUGAUUAGUCAAAAGAAACUACAAGCCAGGGGUAUAGUUGGAUUCUGGCCAGCACAGAGUGUCCAGGAUGAUAUUCAUUUGUAUGCAGAAGAUGCCGUACCACAAUCUGCAGAGCCAAUAGCUACAUUUCAUGGCUUAAGACAACAGGCAGAAAAGGACUCUGCCAGCCCAGACCCCUAUUGUUGCCUGUCUGACUUCAUAGCUCCUCUGGAAUCUGGGGUCCAUGACUACUUGGGCCUCUUUGCUGUGGCCUGCUUUGGAGUAGAUGAACUGAGCAAGACCUAUGAGGAGCAGUGUGACGUCUACAGCAGCAUCAUGGCUAAGGCCCUGGGAGACCGGUUGGCGGAGGCUUUUGCAGAAGAACUUCAUGAAAGGGUUCGCAAAGAAUUGUGGGCUUACAGUGACAGUGAGCAGCUAAAUAUUGCUGACCUGCGGAAAAUCUGGUAUGAGGGCAUCCGUCCUGCUCCUGGUUAUCCCAGCCAACCUGAUCAUACUGAGAAGGUCACAAUGUGGAGACUUGGUCACAUUGCAGAAACCACAGGGAUUGAACUUACGGAAUCGUUAGCAAUGGCACCUGCUUCAGCUGUCUGUGGUCUCUACUUUGCCAAUCAGAACUCCAGAUACUUUUCUGUUGGUAAAAUUUCCAAGGACCAGAUCGAAGAUUAUGCUUUGAGGAAAAACAUGUCUGUGGAUGAGGUUGAAAGAUGGCUGGGACCCAUUUUGGGAUAUGAUGCAGACUAACUGUCCUGUCAUCUUCCUUCCAUCUGAAGCUACUUCAGAAAACAGACCCCCGAGUGCCUUUAAAAAUACCACAGCUGAUUAGCAUCUAAUGCAUUGGCCUACUUAAGGUUUGGGAAGACUUCGGGGAAAAACCAUUUGAUGAUGCAGAAGAUCUCUGUCAUCACCAUGAUGUGCAUUUGUGUGACACUGAAAGUGAGCUGUUUUUUGUUUGUUUGUUUUUGUUUUUGUUUUUGUUUCUUUUAGGUAGGCAAAAUGGAAUGCAGUAUAGAGAUAGCUAGCUGUGGUCAUAUGUGUCAGAGGCUACCUACAGAUAAAGUAAGAAGUUAACUGAUUGUAUUUAUUAAGAACCUCUAUGUGUUGGGCAUUGUGCUAAAGAUAGAGUUAGUAAGUAAUAUAUAAAUAGGGGUAAUUUUCAGUAGGUAGCUGUAGUACUUGGUUGGCUUCUCAGUUUAUGUUUAGCUCAUACCCAGAAUACUAUUUUACAGAUUACUUAACUGGACUUUUUCUUUUUUUUUUUUUUUUUAAACAUCAAGUCACAGUUUAAUUGAGUCUGGAAUCAGGAGGACCUGGGUCAGAAUUCCACCUCCAGAAUGUACUGUUGACCACAGGGAAUUCCCUUCACUUCUCUGAGCCUCAAUUUCUUGCAAAAUGGGGAUGAUAAUAAAUCUGCAGGACCUACCUCCCAGGGUAGUUGUGAUACCCCAGUGAAGAAGUAUAGGCAAUGUCCCUUAUUAAUAAAAGAGAGACGUGAACUUAAGGCCAGCUGGCAUUAUGAGAAAUGAGACACUAGGGGCAGGGAUUGUUCCUUUUGUUUUUUAACUUUAUGUCCCUGGUGUUAAAUAUUUGGUGAAAUAGAUUGAACCUGGCAGUUAAAUCUUGCAUGGAGGAAAGUGUGGGCUGCUCCCCCUCCAUGAGACUUCAUUUUUAAAGGUAAUUUAGUAUAUUUCUAUCAGAGUGAGCGAGAAUCCUGCUUGAGUGGAGGCAGACCUGUGGUAGCUCAGGUUUAGGGUAAAUAAAGUCAUCUCAGAGGUAAUUUGAGUGGAAGUAUUUUAGCUUCAUCCUGCUUAUCAUACUCCCUACAUUUCCCUGACUCCCCCAAAAAGUGUCAGGAUUUCUGUGCUAGGAAAAGAAUGAUAAAUAAUAUCUUCCUUUUUCAAAAAUGUUUUAGAUCUGGGGCUAAGUAGUGGGGUUUCCCCCAUUCUUUUUAAAUCUGAAGCAGCCUUUGAGGCCCAGCUCCAGUCUUAACACUCUCAAUAGACCUUGUUCAACCACUCUGAUGUACAUUGAAUUCUCCCUUAUUUGAACUCUGAUAACCACAAUCUCUAUCAUACACACAUGGUUCAGUUUUUAUUGGAUUCUUAAUCAUUUAAUAUGAGUGUCAGUCUUCCUUUCACAGUUAAACUUAAGCAUCUUAAGGAUAGGGGCCCUGUGUGUUCUGCAGUGUAUCCCUCAUAACACCUAGAACAGUACUUGGCACAUAGGAGAUCCCAUUUGAGAGGCGAUAUUCUAGGUUACAAGAGGUAACAUAUUUGUAGUAGAUAGAGAGCUGACCUAAGCUUCAGAGAAUCCUGGGUUUCAAAUCCUACCUCUGAAACACACUGGCUGGGUUACCUUGGGCACCUUUCACUCCCCCAGCCCCUGGCAAUUCCCUUAAGGCUGUAAGUUGCAGAGGAGUAGCUGAUCUGCUUUGGGGGAAUUUCUUCACUGGGCAUUACCUGCAGCAAUGAAAUUGCAAAUUUGGACCAAAAAAAAAGCAUUGUCAAAGAAGAGGUGGGGAAGAGGCCAAGGGAACAUGUAUUUGUCAAGUACCUACUAUGUUCCAGGAACUGUUCUAAGUGCUUUACAUAUGUUUUCUUUUGAUGAGGUAAGGUUCCCUGGUCCUUCAACUUCUAGAUCAUAGAACAUAACUACGGGAAAAUUAGCUUGCCCUGUCUUUUGCCAGCUUUGCCAACCAUUAUGUGAACCCAAAGCAUUUAGGUCAACUGUUGUCCUGUACAUACAUAGAGGGGUGUGUGUGUGUAUGUAUGUAUGAGAUGAGAGAAAAACAUACAUAUGUAAAUUUUUAAAAAUUCUUCAGUAUAUUUUAAGAAAAGUGGAUUACCUAAUACUAAGAUGGUAAAAAAAGUAAUAUAUUUACCUUUAUUCUGCUUCAUAAGUGCUACAAAGCACUGAAUGAGUUCCAUAGCAUUUCCCUUUUUUAAAAAAUCCGACGUGAGAGAAAGAAUAACUCCUAAAAAAUUUUUUUAAGCACAUUACAUCGGAAUGGAAUUACCAACAGUCUACCUUUUUCCAUUAAAUGUCAUUCACCAUCUUUUCUGCCCUCUUGUAGAUGAAACUAUAUCUUUGAAUCUAUUGUUGAGAGAACCCUAUGUCAGGUGUCACUUAUUCUAGAGAAAAAAAAUUAUGUGUGCAUAUGAGAGGUUGCAAUGUAAAAUAAAAUUUGAAAACACCCA